AUGGCUGCCACGGCGUCCCAGACACCACGCGACAUGCCUCUCAUUCAGCGCUUGGGCCGCCUCAAUGGGAUGCUCGGUUUCCUUAUGUUUUACAUGGCAAUGUGUGCCUUCAAUUUCGGAUACGACGUCGGUAUCUUCUCCGGAGUGCAAGCUAUGAACAGUUUCGGUCGCAAAUUCGGCGAGUACAAUGAGGCGAAAGGCAGAUGGCAACUUCCGGGAUGGCUGUCGUCAGUAAUGACAGCUACACCGUUCAUUGGUAAAGCUCUGGGUUGCAUAUCGUGCGGCUGGAUCGCUGAGAGAUGGGGCCGCCGCGCUGCUAUCUUGGGCCUCUGCAUUGUGUCCUUCAUUGGUGUUACCCUGCAGGUCGCCGCAGUCGAUAGAGCCAUGUUCACCGUCGGCCGCAUCAUCACUUUUGGUAUGACGGGAAUGGCCAUCGUUGUCGUACCCAUCUACCAAGCCGAGACGUCUCCAGAGAUGCUCCGCGGCACUUUCGCCUCGACAAUCCAGCUCAUGAUCAUCCUCGGACAGGUAGUUGCUACUUGCGUCACGUACGGCACGAAGAAUAUUGAUAGCGACCCCGGAUGGCGCAUUCCUACUGGCCUGCAGCUUAUUAUCCCCGCGAUCAUCUUAGCCCUGCUGCCUCUUGUCCCUGAGUCACCCCGUUGGCUAUUAAGGCGCGGCAGGCGAGAGGAAGCCACGAAGAACUUGCGCAAGCUGAGGCCCGGAGACGGCGAUGACGAAAUCCAGCUAGAGAUCGAGGCCCUGAUAUAUAUAAAUAAUAACGAGGAGAAAGGCACAUGGUCCGAAGUGUUUAAUCGGACGAACAGGUCUCGAACCGCCGUCGCAGUGCUCGCAAUGUUCGGCCAGCAAAUCACCGGCCAGGCUUUCCCCUCGCAGUACGGCGUGGUCUUUUAUCAAUCUCAGGGAUUCGGCGACAAGUCUUUCUUGUUCAACAUUAUCCAAAACAUUCUCUCGCUCGUAGCCAUUUUCUUUACGUGGUCCUUUAUCGAUGGCAUCGGCCGAAGGCCGAUUCUGAUGGUCGGAGGCACACUCAUGGCCCUUUGGCUAUUCAUCCUCGGCGGAAUGGGCUCUUCCAGCAACAUCAACUCGGCGGGAAAAGGACUGGUGGUUGCUUCUGUGAUGCUGUUCCAGUUUUUCUUCAACUUAUCUUGGGCGCCUUCGUCCUACGUCGUCUUGUCCGAAGCUGCCGCUUCACGCCUAAAGGAGAAAACCAAUCUCCUAGCGAGUGUUAUUUCAGUUCUAACCACCUUCGUCACGUCCUUCACGAUCCCGUAUCUUAUCAACGAGCGAUACGCGAACCUCGGCGCCAAGGUCGGAUUCAUCUACGGUGCCAUCAAUGUCAUCAUGGUCGUCCUGACUUUCUUCUUCAUCCCUGAGCUCAAGGGUCGUACUCUCGAGGAGGUCGACCAGCUCUUCGCCAGCGGCGUCCCUCUACGCAAGUUCGGUUCCGUUGAGACCAAGAGCGCGCAGACUCUCUACCAAGAUGAAUUGAAGCAAAAGUCCUCAUACGUAGAAUCGGAAAAGAAGGCAGCGGAACUUGUUGAGAAGGUUUAG